AUUGACAGACGGUCAGUACCACGGUAGAGGAGGUCAGUACAGCGAAGAAUGCAUUAUCAAUUGACAAAUAUAGAGUAGAAAGGAAAUUAACUUUUUCUGAUUUACCAGAGGAAUUAUAAAUAUAAGAGUCCAUAUUGGAAACAUAUAGUCCAGAAGGGGAACUAAUUUUGUUUCUGGUCAUGAAAACAUUGGAGGAUAUUGAAAAUGAAUUUCCCCUGCACUGGCUGGUGUGGAUCAACAACGUAGAUGAGUUAAAACGGGUGUUGAAAACGGAAACGAUCGACAAAGAAAAAGUCGAUAAUCGUGGGAGAACACCUUUAAUGUUAGCGGUAAAAUUAUCCCAUUUACAAUGUGUGAAGUGCCUUUUAGCAGCAAAAUGUAACGCCAGCUUUGAACAUGAGGGAUGGUCAGUUGUCCAAGAAGCCGUUUGUUCAGGAGAUGAAGCUAUAUUGACGGCUAUCAUAGAAGUCCGCGAUUUGCAACGUCAUGUUCAACGGGUAACGCACGUACCGAAACUGCUGCAGCACUUAUUAGACGCUCCUGAUUUCUACAUUGAAAUGAAAUGGGAAUUUACAUCUUGGGUACCCCUAAUGUCUCGUCUUUGUCCUAGUGACACAUACAAAGUUUAUAAACGUGGCGCGAAUGUCCGAAUCGAUACCACACUGCUUGGCUUUGAUAACAAUACUUGGCAACGAGGGAAUCGCUCCUAUAUUUUCAAAGGAGCAAAAGACUCUGCCGUAAUGAUUGAAAUCGAUCAUGACACUCAUGAAGUCAUGGAGGAACAAAUGAAUAGUGAUAUAGGAGAUAUUGUGGCAAUUCCACCCCCAAUUGGAGCUGUCCGUGCUAGGCUUAAUGCGCCUGUUAUUACGAACAACAUUGAAAUGGAUAAGAUAAGCUUUGAACGCAAUAAAUCAGGGAUUUGGGGCUGGCGUAGUGAAAAGUCCGAGAUGAUAAACGGAUAUAAUUGCAAAGUGUAUGGUGCGAGCAAUGUUGAGUUUAUAACACGCACCCGAAUGGAUCAUUUGAAUGAAGAGCAAAUAAAGAAUAAAUGUGCGCGCACGCCAUUGCAUAGCUUUUUAGGUAUUUCUGAUGAUGAAGUUUCCAGUACACGCUCUAAUGAAGGAAUAAAUUCCAAAGAUCGGACACCCUCUCCCUCCUUUGAAACAUUGGGUCGUGAGGAAUGUCUUGAAAAUAGUACAGGAGAAGAGAAUGCUAGUUGUAGUUCAGGUACUACUUCACCUAAGUUCGUUAUUACUCCAGAGGCGUACUUUUCUGUCGAUGUUGAUUUAAAUGGAUGCGACAUUGGGCGUCCCAAGAAAGUCACAACUAAGGUUCAGAGAUUUAAGGCUAAUUUAUGGCUUUCCGAAGAGUAUCCUAUGCGAUUGCAAGAACAAGUUCUUCCUAUAUUGGAUUUGAUGUCAACAAUGGCGAGUCCACAUGUCUCCAAAUUGAAAGACUUUAUUACCAUGCAGCUGCCAUCGGGUUUCCCUGUAAAAGUUGAAAUACCUCUAUUCCAUGUCUUAAAUGCAUGUAUUACAUUUGGCAAUGUAUUUGGUAUGACAAGCGCUGUAGAAAAUGUAACGACUAUUAACGAAGACGAUCGCAUAACCUGCAUUGUGGAUGACCGCUGCUUUGAUAUACCAACCCAUUAUUCCAAUAGAGAUGUGGACUUACGACGACAAUUACCUUUGGAGGAAGAUGAUAUGUUACAAUACGCCAUUGAACAAAGCAUGGUACAAACCACGAACAGAGCUGCUUCUAUACAAAAUAUUACAGAGGAUACGGAUAAAGUGGAUAUAUGGGAAGCAUUACGUGGGCAAGGAACCGAUGGAGUUCCAGAUGAAGACGAACAGUUACAGAGAGUUCUACAGGAGUCAUUAUGCGGUGCAGUACAUACCACUGACUCCCCAGUGAUAGACGAUGAUGAUGGCGGUUUUCGAUACGUGGAUCCUGAUUUAGCAAUGGCUUUGCGCCUUAGCCGUCAUGAUCAGGAAGAAUAUGAAUUGGCUUUGCAGCGAGAACAAGAAAUGCUUGAGCAGGCCUUGAAGUUGAGUCUGCAAGAGAACUAAUUUUCUGUUUUUUUUUUUCGUGCAUUCACUUGUGGAAGGAAAAACUAACAAAUUUAAUAAACUGAAUUCUCGGUAGUGAAAAAAAAACUAUUUUAAAAGCAAGGCAUUAUGUAAGACUACAAAAUUUGAUUUCAGUGUAUUUCCAGCGAUUAUAAACAGCUACCUAAUCGGGGGCGGAGAGGUGAUAACAAAAGUUUUUGUUGAAUACAAGUGUUUGUAAAUUAUUAUAAAAAAAAUUGAUAAAACAUAUUAAAAUUUGGAACAAAAUUAAUGUAUAAAUAACAUCCAUAUUCGUUGAUUCGCCUUAAUUUAAAAUAAAUACUUCGCCAUUUAUUUAAACAUAGGCCUCUUACAAUCCCAAAACAUGUAUGUUUGUCCCGGCUUUUCGUGGGAACUGAAUAGUCAAGCAAUCCGGAGGUUGCCAUCACCUCCUUUUAAUAAAACUUUAUUAUAAGCGUAUAAGAGUGCUUUGUGAAUUCUAAAAUGUUUAUCAAUUGAACUGAAAGUAUUUUAGGUAUAAAACUUAAUGAAUAAAGCAGUAGAGAUAUACAUGAUGAAAAUACUACAUUAAAUCCACUGUAUACAUAACAUAACCUAAUAAGAAAAUUAGAUGUUAAUGAUUUUGUUAAUAAAUAAAAUAUGCAAUAUAAAUUAA